GCUGCCGCCGCCACCAUUGGCCAGGCGGGAAGUCGUUCUGGCCGCUCCUUCUGCGGCCGCGGGAGUGCGGGGAAACUUCAUUAAUACUGUGACGCUGGAGGCUGGGGAGGCCCGAGCGGCACGGAGGGCUGCGGUCGCCGGGGUGGGCGCUGCGAACCGGGGUGCGGGAGGGGCGGCGAUCUCCGGGGCAGCGAGCCGGCGCUGCACCCGCCGGGGAGGGGUGCUGGGCUGUCCGCAGCUCCCGGUCGCGGAGGCGUCUCCCCGCCCCGAGCUCGGACGCGGGCCGCGGGUGACCUCCCUGCGUGAAGAGCGGCGCGGCGGCAGGGGAAUUCGCGUUGCGGCUGGCCGCCGGCUCCUCCCACCCAGCUGGCGGGCGGGGCUCGGGGACCCGGGCUCUGGUGCAGGCGUGCUGAGGCCGACCCGACGGCUGGACCGACCGAGGAGCAGAUGCUGAGAUUACCUUUUCACCAUCACACAAAGCAUUCUUGUCUCUGCCCUGAAAAUCCUCUCGGGAUACCUCACAGGCUGUAUGACUCCCUGAAGGAUCAGAACAAUGCUAUGCUGGGGGUAUUGGUCCCUGGGCCAGCCAGGCAUCAGCUCCAACCUGCGAGGCAUUGUGGCUGAGCCCCAGGUGUGCCGCUUUGUAUCGGACGGAACCAUCAAGGAAGUGGCUUGUGGAGGAAACCACUCGGUGUUCCUGCUGGAAGAUGGGGAGGUUUACACGUGUGGUGCAAACACCAAGGGGCAGCUUGGCCACGAGAGGGAAGGCAACAAGCCAGAACAAAUUGGAGCAUUGGCUGAUCAGCAUAUCAUACAUGUGGCAUGUGGAGAAUCACACAGUCUGGCUCUGAGUGACCGGGGCCAGCUCUUUUCUUGGGGUGCAGGAAGUGAUGGCCAGCUGGGACUCAUGACUACUGAGGAUUCCGUGACAGUGCCCAGGUUAAUACAGAAGCUGAACCAGCAGACCAUAUUACAAGUUUCCUGUGGCAACUGGCACUGCUUGGCUCUGGCAGCUGAUGGCCAGUUCUUCACCUGGGGAAAGAACAGCCAUGGGCAGCUCGGCCUGGGGAAGGAGUUCCCCUCCCAAACCAGCCCGCAGAGAGUGAGGUCUUUGGAAGGGAUCCCACUGGCUCAGGUGGCCGCAGGAGGGGCUCACAGCUUUGCCCUGUCUCUCUCGGGAGCGGUGUUUGGCUGGGGGAUGAACAAUGCAGGGCAGCUAGGGCUCAGCGAUGAAAAAGAUCGAGAGUCUCCGUGCCAUGUGAAGCUUUUAAGAACACAGAAAGUCGUCUAUAUCAGUUGUGGAGAGGAGCACACAGCAGUUCUCACAAAGAGUGGGGGCGUGUUUACAUUCGGUGCUGGUUCCUGUGGACAGCUUGGGCACGGCUCCAUGAAUGAUGAAGUUAAUCCCAGAAGAGUUCUGGAGCUGAUGGGCAGCGAAGUAACUCAGAUUGCCUGUGGCAGACAGCACACCCUAGCCUUUGUGCCUUCUUCUGGACUCAUCUAUGCCUUUGGCUGUGGAGCUCGAGGUCAGCUAGGAACCGGACACACAUGUAAUGUUAAGUGCCCAUCUCCGGUGAAGGGCUAUUGGGCUGCCCACAGCAGUCAGCUUUCAGCUAGAGCUGACCGCUUUAAGUACCGUGUCGUUAAACAGAUCUUUUCUGGAGGGGACCAGACGUUUGUGCUCUGCUCUACCUACGAGAAUUCUUCUCCUGCUGUUGAUUUCAGGACUGUGAACCAAGCACAUUAUACCAACUUGAUAAACGAUGAGACCAUAGCAGUUUGGAGACAGAAACUCUCAGAACACAACAAUGCAAAUACAAUCAACGGUGUUGUCCAGAUACUGUCUUCUGCAGCUUGUUGGAAUGGAAGUUUCCUGGAAAAUAAAAUUGAUGAACAUUUUAAGACCAGCUCUAAAAUCCCUGGGAUUGACCUGAACUCAACUAGGGUUUUAUUUGAGAAGUUGAUGCACUCUCAGCACUCCAUGAUUCUAGAACAGAUAUUAAACAGCUUUGAAAGUUGCCUCAUUCCUCAGUUGUCAAGUUCACCCCCAGAUGUUGAAGCGAUGAGAAUCUAUUUAAUACUACCAGAGUUUCCCCUGCUUCAGGAUUCUAAGUAUUACAUAACGCUGACUAUUCCCCUGGCAAUGGCUAUUCUGCGGCUGGAUACAAACCCUAGCAAAGUAUUAGAUAACUGGUGGUCCCAGGCAUGCCCGAAGUAUUUCCUGAAGUUGGUAACCCUCUAUAAAGAUGCCGUCCUUUAUCUGCUAAGGGGAAGGAAGACGUUCCUAAUCCCUGUACUGUUUACCAGUUACGUGACUGCAGCACUCAAGCUUCUGAAGAAAUUAUACAAGGUGAAUCUUCGAGUGAAGCAUGUGGAAUACGAUACGUUUUAUAUCCCCGAGAUUUCUACUCUUGUGGACAUUCAAGAAGACUACCUCAUGUGGUUUCUGCAUCAAGCAGGGAUGAAAGCUAGACCGUCUAUCAUACAGGAUUCUGUAACCCUUUGCUCCUACCCUUUCAUCUUCGAUGCCCAAGCCAAGACCAAAAUGCUACAGACUGAUGCAGAGUUACAGAUGCAGGUAGUGGCAGUGAACGGAGCCAACCUGCAGAAUGUCUUCAUGCUUCUCACCUUGGAGCCUCUGCUGGCCAGAAGCCCCUUCCUGGUCCUUCAUGUCCGCAGGAACCACCUUGUUGGAGAUGCCCUGAGAGAGCUGAGCAUUCAUUCUGACAUCGACCUGAAGAAGCCUCUCAAAGUGAUCUUUGAUGGGGAAGAAGCAGUAGAUGCUGGUGGUGUUACAAAGGAAUUCUUUCUUUUGCUGUUGAAAGAACUUUUAAAUCCCAUUUAUGGGAUGUUUACCUACUAUCAAGACUCACAGCUCUUGUGGUUUUCAGAUACAUGUUUUGUAGAGCGCAGCUGGUUUCACUUGAUUGGCAUAGCCUGUGGACUGGCUAUCUACAACUCCACGGUGGUUGAUCUCCACUUCCCAUUGGCUCUCUACAAGAAGCUACUGAAUGUAAAGCCUGGCUUGGAAGACUUAAAGGAGCUGUCACCAACGGAAGGAAGGAGUCUUCAAGAACUUCUGGAUUACCCGGGUGAAGAUGUUGAAGAGACUUUCUGCCUCAACUUCACGGUGUGCCGAGAAAGCUAUGGGGUGAUUAAACAGAAGAAGCUGAUACCCGGGGGAGACCGAGUAGCCGUUUGCAAGGACAACAGGCAAGAAUUCGUGGAUGCUUAUGUGAAUUAUGUUUUCCAACUCUCAGUUCAUGAGUGGUACACAGCCUUCGCCAGUGGCUUCCUGAAGGUGUGUGGGGGCAAAGUCCUAGAGCUCUUCCAGCCUGCAGAACUGCGGGCCAUGAUGGUGGGGAACAGCAACUACAACUGGGAAGAACUGGAAGAGACUGCCAUCUAUAGGGGUGAUUAUUCAGGCACACAUCCUACUGUGAAACUAUUUUGGGAGACAUUCCAUGAGUUCCCACUAGAGAAGAAGAAGAAGUUUCUCUUGUUCCUGACAGGCAGUGACCGGAUUCCCAUCUAUGGAAUGGCCAGUCUGCAGAUUGUCAUCCAAUCCACAAUCCAUGGGGAGGAGUACUUACCUGUGGCCCACACCUGCUACAACCUGCUUGACCUCCCUAAAUAUAGCAGCAAAGAGAUGAUGAGGGCUCGGCUGACCCAGGCCCUCGACAAUUAUGAGGGUUUUAGUUUGGCCUGAGGCUCCCCAGCUCACCCAAGAUGUCCUUACCUUCCUCGGUGACCACAUUGUAGUUGAUUCAAAAUAUCAUGGGGAGUGAUUUCUAUUUUUUUAUUGUCUAAGUGGAUUGAGACUUUUGAAUCCUAAAUCCUGGUCAGUGUGUUUCUAGGAUUCAGUAGUUAAUAGUCCUUUUGAAAAAUCAGUGGUUGGGGACAGGCCCAAAAAUUGGCUUUAGUAUGGGAGGUGGAUUGGAUUUUGCUUUGCUUUGUUUUAAACCAAGGUACCUGUUGUCCUUCGUCUGUGAAUGUGUUGGGAUCUGCUGGAUUAAAUUGCAGUAGGUUUGUAAGCUUUUGUUUCCCAGAUGUGUUUCAGCCCUGAUGUUUCUUCUCCAUGCGUCCCCACCCUCUUCCUAGCUUCUGUCUGCUGUGCCGAGAUGACUGAUUGACAUCUUCCCUCUUGGCUGCCAUGCAGAGCACUCCCUUUCUCUGCACCUUUGGAAAUGCAUGGCUAGCUGCAGCCCACUCCAACCCACAGCAGAAUGGGCUUCUUCAGAACUCCCAAUCCCAAAAGGCUGAGUCUGGGUCCGUUACUUGUCAUAGCUCUUGAGACUUUACAGGAGCCUUUACGAAUACAUUCUGCUUUAAGAAAAUAAGUCAUGAAGGAGUUGCAGCCUUCCGUGACUGCCCACUGCCUAGGCCUCCCAAAAGACACAGCAGCCUCAGGUGGCAGGUGGCUGCAUGUGUAUUGUUAGCCAUGACACCUGAGUAGACAAUGAAUUAGUAGACCCCUUUACCUUGCUUUUGAAGCAAGUUGUAUUUUCUUGUCUACAUAUUGCCCAAGAACGGUAUAAUUAAUAAACUUCUGUCCCUUUCUUUAUUACUUUAUAUUUACUGCUUCUCUUUCUUACCUUUUCUUUCCUGUGUCCCCAGCGCUUCCUUUCCUUUGGUCUCUUUUCUCCCGUGCAGAACUAAUUGCAUCAGUUCUCCACCUCCUUCUGCUAGUGGAUGCAUGCUGCCUUUUUUAUUUUAAAUUUUUUUAAAUUUCACUUCUGUCUCUAACUGUUAGAGUAUGAAGAUACUCUUUACAAUAGAGUUUUUGUUUAUCGCAUUUGAAAUGUUCAUUUACGGUGGGAUUUCAGCAGGGGAAUUAUGUUUAAGUCAAAUACAUGUGUCUCAAAAAUGACAUGUUUAGCUGAUCUCCAUUCGAUAAGAAAAUCCUACAUGAUCAAAGAGCUCAUGUAAUGCUAAUUUUAAAUAUGUAGUUGCUAGAGAAAAGAUUUAUUUAUAUAAAAUGAAGUACAUAUAGAUUGUGAUGCAGUAUCAAGUCUUGAUGGAAGGAAUGUAGAUUUUUGCUUUUUCUUUUUGUUUUUAAAAGUUACUUUUAAAAGUUACUCCAAUUGGUAGUUUUUCAGUCCUUAUAAAUACAACAUUUAAAAAAGAUAGACAAUUAUAUGAAAUGUUUAUUUUCUAUGUGUGUGCAUAUAGUUCAAUAUUAUCCAAUAAAUUUGGUGUUUUAACUUAAAA